CAUCCCGCUCUCGACUAUACAUACUCUUGAGAUCGGCAGUACAUAGCUCCUGCAGCCUUGCAUAUCUUAAAGUGGCCUGCCUAUAUAUCCGCAAAACUCCAACAGGCACAGCUUCGCAACUCGCGGAGCCUCCUCUAGUUUAACAUGACGUCCUCAUCUCCCGUACAAGCGGCUGCUCCAAAGCCGGAUACUGCCGCUGCCCGGAAGCGCAGGAGACGUGCUCCCGCAGGAGGUGCUUCUGAUGACUGCUUUGCCUGCACCAAGCGCAAUGUCAAGUGUGACAGGAGAAGACCGUAUUGCUCGCAGUGCCUUGAGGUCGGUAACGAAUGUUCGGGAUACAAGACGCAGCUCACCUGGGGCGUCGGUGUCGCCAGCCGUGGCAAGCUACGUGGUUUAUCUCUACCCAUAGCCAAGGCACCUCCAGUCAGCGCAGCAGUCAAGAAGAGCUCGCCCACGCGCACCAGAGCAGCCACCACAACCACCAACAUGACAACGGCCGCAGCUGCCAGCCACUGGCACAACCCCGAAGACAUAAUCAACUCAUCACCCCGCCGCAGGCCAGUAAACCUUCACAUCUCCCUCCCAGUCCCCGAGCAGUCAUCCUCGAUAUCUAGCCCGACGACCCCAUAUCUCGCCCAGUACGAUCCCCGACGCGUAGGACGAACUGCGGAUACCACACCGACAGCAUCUCACAGCCAUUGGGGCCAAAUGCCCUUCUCCGCCAGCCUUCCAACGGACGGCUUUAGAUAUGGGAAACUUGGUGGUCACCAGGGAAUGCCCAUGGAUUCGAUGCACGACAUGGACCAGUACCACAUGUCGCCCAUGAGCCAUUCUUUCCCAAGAGAAGAUGUGCCAUUCCUACACAGCUCGGCGGUUCUCUACGACAACUUCAAUGGACACCACUCUCCUGCCGUGACUCCGAGCCCCUUGGCCGCAAUGAUCAUGGAGCAACGCAAUGCGCCAACUUCAUGUCCAAGCUUGGUAUAUGCGCCUUCAGAGCACAGCACCAGCGUACACUCUCACUCGGAAAGCUACGACGUGCACCUUAGUAACAAGCUAAUGCUUGACUGCGACUCGAUAGUGGGAACCCCAGACCUUGAUGCAUACAGCUCCAGCGUUCACUCCAACGGACACUUUUGGGGACCUUCUCCACCGGCAGAAGAUACGACUUCUUGCCAGGAUUCGCACACCCAAUCAUCAUCAUGGCCAUCGACAGUCGAAACUCCGGGGGCGCACGUCAGCGCUGAGCUGAUCUCCAAGAUGCCAUUUUUCCUCGAUUACUAUGAGCACACAAUGUGCCCAUCGAUGGUUUUCAUUGAUGGACCGAACAACCCCUUCCGGGAUCACAUCAUGCACCUUGCCACCGGCAGUCGCAGCUUGCAGCACGCCAUCUGCGCCCUUGCCGCCUGCAACCUGCGCACCAAGAGGAAGCUCAGCCUUGGCCAACACUCGCCUGCAGAGAAGUUCAAGCGGUCGUGCUCGCCUGAGGCUGAAGACCAGUCAAUGCAGGAAGAGUACGAGCACCGCAACCUCGCCGUUCAUCUGCUGAAUGAACAGUUAAACGACGUGUCCAAGUCCAAGCACGACUCGGUACUUGCAACAAUCCUUAUGCUUUGUCACUACAGGAUGGCGGAAUCUGGAAUUGCCAGGUUCCACACCCAAUUUGCUGGCGUUAAGAAGAUUUUGCAAAUGCGCAGGACCACCUCGUUCCCUCCCUCGAACGAGUCUGCAUGGAUGGAAGCUCUUUUUACCUACUUUGAUGCCAUCUCUGCUAGCAUCAACGACCGCGAGGCCCAGCUUGAUGGCAGCUUCUUCGGCUUCUCGCCGGAAGCAAUGCUGCUUCCACAGGGCGCCGAGAAUCUCGUCGGCUGCGAUAGGGAGCUCUUCACCAUAAUUGUGAAACUCGGACGCUUGAACCUCCUCUCCCAGCACAGGCCGGUGCAGAACAACGACGCCGCCCUGGGCAGCUCGAUGCCACGGUCAGAGUCUCCCUUCAGCGCGCCGCUGGGCCAUGUGUAUAAGCCCAGCAACAAUAUGAAUGUGGACGUGUUUGGCACCAGCGGUGGUCCCAUCCGGUUUGAUGGUAACGGCUUUGGCAACACCCUUGGUGACGAUGAGUUGCUGUCGGCUGCCAUCAGCACUUCGGCGCCGACAUAUGACAGCCAGCGCUCAACAUUUUGGCGCGAAUGGAAAGAGGCGCGCGCUUCGCUUCAGGCCUGGUCGUUCGAUGCGCAACGUGUUACUGCUUCUCUUCAGCAGACCGGGUUGCAGCCGACGCCGGCUCAGAUUCGCGACCUCACUUCCUUGUCCGAGGCAUUCCGUUACGCUGCGCUGCUCUACACUGAGCGCUUGGCGAGCCCGCAGACGCCAUCGUCACACAACAACUUCCGAAACCUCGUUUCGCAGGUCGUCUAUUACGCUACCAGCCUCGAGUCCGGUUCAUCUGCCGAGAAGUUCUUGCUAUGGCCGCUAUUUGUGGCUGGAAGCGAGUGCGUCAACGAGCUGCAGCAAAACAUUGUGCGGUCCAAGUGCCGCGAUAUCAUGGCACGCAGUGGCUACAUGAACAACAUGUCUGCCCUUGAGAUCCUCGAGCGUCUCUGGAGUGGCGAGACGACUGCAGAGGACGACUACAUUGGCAGCGGGCGCCACAUCAACAUUCUUAAUAACAACAACAACAACGUGCGACUUCCAAGCCUGACACGAAGCAGUCCAUUCAACUGGGGCAAGUGUAUAGGAGGACCUGGCGUCGAGGUCGAAUGGAUCAUGUUCUGAUAUCCUACGCUAUCUGAACCUUUACCAUUUUUUUUGGAUUCUUUUUUCUUUCCUUAUUGGUCAAAACCAUUUUCUGUUCGGCCAUGACCCUGACACCUUGGACCUGACAAGGUGCUGUAAUACAAGAAAUGAGGUAAUGAUGGUUGGAUUAUUCUCAUAUUGUCUAUUUCCUAAUACUCUGUAUCAUAUGUAGCGAACGCGUCAUGUUGUCUUUUUUCUUUUUUUUCCUAUUCGUACCAUAAAGGAGAUACAGUCAGGGAUUUGGACAGGGGAUUCAGAGCUGUUUGAGCGGUCUGCGGUAGAAAGACCCCGGUGGUCGUUUGCAAGGCAUCAAAAGAUGGGUGGAGAUGGAGUUAUUCUUUUUUGGGUGUUUCUGCAAUGACAACUACUGGGUUGGGAUUACAAGAUGGGUAGCGAAUUGACUGGGGUUUGAACGGAGUUGAUAUUUUUUUGGGUCUUUUAUUAGCCCACUGUCUUAUCAAGAUAUAUCAUGCCUCGGUUCGGAAUUUCGGGGACAAAUAAAAUCACGAUGUUGAUGUUUA